GGCGCCGCCCGGCGCGCAAAUGAAGUGCGAGAACUGCAGCAAGAAGGAAUGCAGUAAGAAACAGAAAAAUGAUGAUACACAGAGUACACCUGCUAAUGCAUUGACUUCAAAUGCGGAAUUGGAAGAGAAAAAUGAAUUUCAUGCUUUGGAUAAUGCUAAAACACUCCUUAGCGACUGCCUGGCUUGUGACAGUUGUAUGACAUCAGAAGAGGGAGCCAGGGUUUUCCAGCAGAAUCAGAAAGAGCUCUUCCGAGUACUCAACCUUAAUAAGAAAUGUGAUACCUCAAAACACAAAGUGUUGGCAGUGUCUAUAUGCCCUCAGUCAUUGCCUUAUUUUGCUGCUAAAUUCGAUCUCUCUGUGAAUGAUGCAGCCAGGAGACUCUGUGGUUUCCUCAAAAGUCUCGGAGUGCAUUAUGUAUUUGACACCACUAUAGCUGCUGAUUUCAGUAUCUUGGAGAGCCAGAGGGAAUUUGUGCAGCGGUAUCGGCAGAGGAACCAGGAGGAGCAUGCCUUACCAAUGUUUGCCUCCGCUUGCCCUGGUUGGAUCCGGUAUGCUGAAAGGGUACUCACCAAUCUCGUGACCUCUCACAUCUGCACUGCAAAGUCUCCACAGCAGAUCAUGGGCUCCCUGGUGAAAGGUUACUUUGCCAGGCAGAAGAAUUUGUCUCCUGAUAAGAUUUUCCAUGUAGUUGUGGCACCUUGUUACGACAAAAAAUUGGAAGCCUUGCGGGAAGACUUCUACACUGCCUUGUGGAAUUCUCCAGAAGUCGAUUGUGUUCUAACAUCAGGUGAAAUUGUCCAAAUAAUGGAACAGAAAAAUGUGUCUGCGAAAGAUGUGGCUGAGGUAGCUGUGGAUAGUUUGUUUGGUGAAAUAAAGGAGGGGGAUGUAGUGAGACAUGAUGGGAAGACAUCUGAUGGUUACCUGGAGCACAUUUUUAAACAUGCAGCAAAAGAACUUUUUGGCAUAGAUGUUAAAGAAAUCACCUACAAAGCGUUAAAGAACAAAGACUUCCAAGAAGUUACCCUUGAAAAGGAUGGUGAAACACUGCUGCGUUUUGCAGCAGCUUAUGGCUUCAGAAAUAUCCAGAACAUGGUUCUGAAAAUGAAAAAGGGAAAGUUUUCAUACCAUUUUGUGGAAGUCCUUGCCUGCCCAGGAGGGUGCUUAAAUGGGAAAGGGCAGGCGCCGGCGGAGGAGGCCGGGAAGCCGGACAAGGCGCUGCUUAACCGCAUGGCAGAGGUGUACGCUGCCAUUCCCGUCAGGCUGCCCGAAGCCAACGUGCACGUGCAGAAGAUGUACCAGGACUGGUUGGAAGGCAUGGACUCCACAAAGGCCCAGCAGACUUUGCACACCACAUACGGUGCCGUAAAUCAAACGGCAAAUAACCUGGAUAUCAAGUGGUGACGGCUCCAACUUGCAGGAGACUUGCUUAGGUUAGUUGCAGAUUGAGCACCUGAAACAUUCUAUGCAAUUGCAGAUGCUAUGCACUAGCUGCGUGAAGAAUGAGAUGCUUUCCAGAGUUAUUACUUGUGAAGAACCAUUGCUUUUUUAAAAAAAAAAAAGGAAAGAAAAAUCUCCGAAAGCCCUGAUUUGUGCCCUUGUCUGUUAACUCCUGCUGUAUGUAAUCUCUUGUGUACAGUGGAUUUCUGUUCAAGAUGACCAUCUUGCAAGGUACCUGAGCACUUUCUGCCAGGUGCAGGGAAUGGAAUCCUUGGUGAAGCUGCCCCAGGAUGAGGAUGCCUUUCAAGCUGAAGCAGGCUGCCCCAAGAAGACAAGAUCCUCUUAUUUCUAGGUAUGCUCUCUGUUCUCCCUUUGUUAUGGGAAACAGUCGUCAUGAAUUCUGAUGGUGGUGUUGCAGUUGUUGCAUAGUAACUUGGGAUUUACUUGCCUUUUUAACCAAUAAAAAACCUUUAGAGUGACAAGUGUAUGUAUAUUGGGAUAUGCAAUGAAUUACAUUUAUGCUUUCUGUAUCCUUAUUUUAGUAAAAAAUGCUCAAUUUCUAACUAGUAGCACCAUUCCCUACUGAUGAAAUAUUUUGUAAGGAACAGGAUGCUUCAGAAACAGAACUUUGGAAAACAAUGCUAAGUGGUUAUAACACGAUUCUUUGUUCAAGCUACUCACAAAUAGGUUAGUACAAAAGGAGGGGGUGUCUGUUGCCCUCCUUUUCCCCUUCAGUUUUCACUUUCAGGUUACAAACCUGCAAAGGAGGAGGCUGGCUGCUUUGCCUGGCUCCUGUGUGAUGGGGAGCCAUGCGCUGUUAGGUGAACCUGGAUGUGUUCACAGCCUUGCGGGGUUGAAUCUUGCCCAGAAUGACAGCACUUCCCUUCUCCCAUGCUUUGGGUUCACAGAGUAACAUUGUAUUGAGAACUAAAAGCAAUCUCCAUGUUAAGAGACUUACAGUGAGAUAAUGCAGCUGGCUAAAAAUACUUCAAAAAGUAUUGGGCAGUGCUUGUGAGCUCGUCAGAGUUGCUGCAUGUGGGCAUUGUGUGUUUUGGAUGCACUUAUUC